UCAGAGUUCUCCUGGCAGCCAUCAUGAAGGGUAUAGUCUCAAUCUGCUGCUUCUUCAGCCUGCUUGUCCUGGCCUUAGCAGAGGAGGAGGGGGAGGAUGUCCCGAGCCACAUCCUGAGGGACAGAUCACACAUCGACGAGACACUGAGGCUGGCCUCUGAGGAGAACGCAGCAGAACACUAUCAUGCUGCUAUUCAGAAGUUACGUAAGAUCUACCACUCAGCCAUCAAGCCCAUGGAACAGGCCUAUAAGUACAACGAGCUCAGAGCACAUGAGAUCUCAGGCGGACGAACACUGGGGGAUGGGAACACAGAUGGGGAGAUCACCUCCAAGCCCAUGGUGUUGUUCCUUGGGCCCUGGAGUGUAGGCAAGUCCUCCAUGAUCAACUACCUGCUUGGCCUGAAGGACAGCCCCUACCAGCUGUACACAGGUGCUGAGCCCACUACCUCUGAGUUCACCGUGAUCAUGCACGGCGAGAAGACCCGCUCCAUAGAGGGUAUCGUCAUGGCGGCCGACAGCUCGCGCUCCUUCUCGCCCCUGGAGAAGUUUGGGCAGAGCUUUCUUGAGAAGCUGAUUGGCAUUGAGAUGCCCCACAAGCUGCUGGAGCGCGUCACCUUCGUGGACACGCCUGGAAUCAUUGAGAACCGCAAGCAGCAGGAGAGAG